AUGAAGCUUCCAUCGAUCUUCAAGAUCAAAAAAGCAAAGAAAUCAUCAUCAUCAUCAUCAUCAAGUUCAUGGAAAUGGCGACCUCUCAUCAAACACAUAAAAACUGCUUCAUUCCACUUCAAAGCCAAAAUGUUCAGGACCAACUACGCCACCAACAUGGUUCUAACGUCCGAUCAAAAAGGAAAUAAGCUCGCUCACAUGUUAGACUCCUCGUGGUCGCAAUCGCGGAGCUUUAGAGGCGCGAUUGCGGUGAAAAGUACUGGGGAGCUGCUGCUGGAGAAUGCGGUUGAGGCAAUGAAAACAAAGAGGCUUUCGUUUGAGCCGGGAUGCGGGACGAAUUCGAUACUCGGUGACGGAGGAGGAGGAGAAGGCUAUGAUCAGUUCCCUUUUCAGGAUUGUGUUGUGCAGGCUGUGGAUGCUACCAAUCCCUAUAUUGAAUUUAGGGUUUCAAUGGAAGAAAUGGUGGAAUCUUAUUAUGGAGUGAAGAAAAAGAAGAAUAAUAAUAAUUAUGGGGAAAAGGAUUGUUAUUAUAAUUAUUAUAAUUGUGAUUGGGAGUAUCUAGAAGGGCUUCUUUCUUGGUACUUGAGAAUGAAUGAUAAGAAAAACUAUGGAGUUAUAGUUGAGGCUUUUAUAGAUAUGUAUGCUGGGCUUGUUGCUUCUUGCCCUGUUGCUCCAAAUACUACUACUACUACUAGUUCAUGUUCUUUCUCUUAUAAUGCCUCUGCUUCUUCUUCCAAAUCCAAAGACUGGUGGGAGAUCAAUAUUAACGAAGCCAGCUUUAUUAAACGGGCAGAGAAAGAAUUGUGUCCAAAUUAUAAUUAA